AUGACCCAGGACCAUCCCGCUCCUCCCACGCUGCUCCCAUAUGGAGACGGCUCGAGCAAGGUUUACGGUAUGGAGAACUUUGGCAAUACCUGCUAUUGUAACUCAAUCCUUCAAUGUUUAUACUAUUCCGACAAAUUUCGAACCAAGUUAGCUCUCCACAAUAUCACCCAACACAACCGAAAAGAGGUGAUGGCUGGGGUUAAAAACCACAAUUUCACUCUCAAGUACGAGCUGUUGGUCCAGAAACGUUUGCGUGAACAACCGAAAAAUGCAGCCAUAGAAAACGGUACUUCUGAACGAGUAAAACCCACGAGAAAAGGAUCAUUAUUUGGACUCAAGUUCAACACCAGCACAACAAACAGCGUCAACACCAGCUCCACAGACGAUAGCCUGAGAAAAUGGUACAUCACAGAAGCCAAAAACUGUGACGCUUUGCUGGCAGAACAGAAACUCUUGAUUCGCAAAAAUCCCGAAUUCCAAGAUCUUCCAGUAAUGGUCACCAGACACACGUCUUCGCCGUUGGAAUUGGCGGAAAAGAGCGACAAUUCGCAGUCGUCAUCGAUGCUUCUUAAUGAAAAAACUGAAAAAAGUAAUACCCCCACAUCUGUCAAAGAAGGCUCCAUCACAUCCCAGUCGUGCUUCAUUAUCGUGGGUAUUCCCCAACCCGAAGUCGACUUGGUCAAUCCCAUCAACCCCUUCAACCCCAAUCCCUCAUCAGACCACCGCAAAAGAUCUGCUCUCAUCAAUGGACCCAUUAUCAACCUCGAUCAUUCGCUUCAACUUCCCACCCAACAGUCCGACGAAACCGCCUUGCUCUAUGCUCUCAAGGACAUGUUCGAGUGUAUGAUCGAGAACAAGUCUCAGAUUGGCGUGGUUUCUCCUUCACAUUUUAUAACCAAACUCAAGGAGAAAAACUAUCUUUUUCGCCAGGUGAAUAUGCACCAAGAUGCCCACGAAUUUUACAACUAUUUGAUCAACGAAAUCAUCGAAGUUGUGGACAAAGAAUGCGGUCCCAAUAACAACUGGUGCAACGAGAUCUUUCAAGGAAUGAUCACCAACGAAACCAAAUGCAUUUCUUGCGAAACCAUCACCUCCAAAGAAGAGGAGUUUCUCGACUUGUCCAUCGAUAUUCCACCGGGAGACGCCGCCUACUCGUUGACCCACUGCCUCAACAACUUCUCGCGGCUGGAAACACUCACCCACCAAAACAAAUUCUACUGCAACAAUUGCUGCUCUCUCCAAGAAGCCACCAAAACCAUCAAGCUCAAAAAGCUCCCCGAAGUGCUCGUGAUCAACUUCAAGCGGUUCAAGUACGACGAGUCCGUAGACAAAAUGGUCAAGUUGUUUGAUUCCAUAUCGUACCCGUUCAAGCUCAGGCUCUUCAAUACCUCAGCAAAGGGUCAAACCGAAGACUUUACUCUCUACGAACUAUACGCUCUUGUGAUCCAUAUUGGUGGAGGUCCCAUGCACGGUCAUUAUGUGGCUUUAUGCAAAGUAAAGGCUCAAUUAUGGCUACUUUUUGACGACGAAACGGUGGAAGUUGUUGACGAUUCUUUCGUUCUCAAGUUCUUUGGCAAUGGUCCAGGACUAGCUAGUGCCUAUAUUCUCUUUUACCAAAAGGUCCACAUGGCAGGUUUAUUGGGAUUCAAAGAGGAGGACGUUUAUUGUGGAGAAGACUGGUUGCCCCAAAGACACAAUUCGGCUGAGACUGUCCAGGCAAAAAGCCAACCGGAAGUAUGGUCUACCCACAGCUCGGAAAGUGGAUCGACAGACUCGAUAAAAGAUUUAUCAAGCAGUGCCGUUUUUGACAAAAACCCAUUCAAAAAGAACUACAAAAUUGAGAAUAAAGAAGAUACGAUUUCAAGAACCUCAUCAACGAAAGAAAAACAACCAGAAAAGAAAACUUGGGUUGGAGGACUCAAAAGAAGACAAUCUAAAAACGAUGUUCCCACUGACCGGAAGGCUUCGACCGGAAGUGUAAUGAGCACUCCAAGCACCAAUUCCGAUAAAGAAAAGAGAAAGAGCUUUUUUGGGUUCAAGAGAAAGCAAAAGCUGGAGAAGUGA